CGGGAGCUGGUUUCGCUGGCGGCCGUCCGGAGGGAGCUCCCGGGCUCCGGAGGGACGGCGGACACGGCCGGCCAGAGCCGGGCUGCCGGCAGGACCGGUCCCACCCGUCGCUGGACCGGCCCGACCCAGACCCCCGCGUUGGGGAUGGGAGCCGGGGCCCGCGGGGCCUGGCCCUCGGCGCCCAGAGAGCCGGACAGCGGGCCGGGGGUCAGCGGGCCGGGGGCCGCCGGGCCGAGGGCGGAGACCUGAGCGGAGGCCGGACCCUAACCCAGCGGCCGUCCGGCCUCUCUGCCCCCUGACCCGCCAUGAGGACCCCGACGGCGAUGAUCCUGGGGCUGGUGCUGGCCCCCUGCGGCCUGCUCUUCACGCUGACCGGCACGCUGGCCCCCGGCUGGCGCCAGCUGUCCGGCUUCUUGGACAAGCCGGUGGACACGGUGAUGUACCAGGGGCUGUGGACCAUCUGCCUGGAGGGCAGCAGCCGGGAGCGCCAGUGCCAGGUCCCGGACGAGUGGGCCUACUUCUCGGCGGCGCCGGUGCGGGCGGCCCGGGCGCUCACGGUCACCUCCCUGGUGGCUACGCUGGGCGGGCUGCUGGUCGCCACCCUGGGCGUGCGAUGCUGGAGGGACCGGCCGCACUGGGCGCUGGCGGGCGUCGCGGGGUUACUGCUCGCGGCCUCGGGCCUACUGGGCCUGGUCCCCGUAGCCUGGUACAGCCACGUCCUAAGGGACGGGGCCGUGCUGCCCCUCCCGCCGGGCCCGCUGACCGUGGGGGUCGGCUACAGCCUGGUGCUGGGCUACCUGGGCAGCUGCCUGCUGAUCCUGGGGGGCUUCUCCCUGGCGCUCAGCCUCGCCCGCUGCUGCGAGAAGUGUCGGCGCCCAAGCCUCAGAGCCCCACUGCCCGGCCCGGCCCGGGGCGCGGCCGGUGGCGAGGCCCCGGGGUGGCCCCGGGCCCAGCCCUCUGCGAACAACGCGUACUCCGGCCGGAACCACCCCUUGCCCGUCGGCCGGCCCGGCCCCGCCGACCAGAAGGCCUCCCGUCCCAAGGUCGGCUUCAGGAUGCCCGCCCCGCCCCGGGCCUACACCAACCCGCUGGACGUGCUGGACGGCGAGGCCGUCAAGGGUGACGGCCGAGGCCCUGACCGGCGCGCCCCCUCCUCUCUCCCCUGUGACUCCGACCUGUAGACCCCGGCGUCCCCGGCCCGGCCACCUUCCCUCCGUCGGACCAUCCGGCCGGCCCGGCUGCUGCCGGAGGCCCCGGACCGGACCGGUGGACGGACACCUUGGGUCUGCCGAGGCCGGGUCGGUCCGGUUCCGAGCCAUCCGACACGGACGGGGAGCGCAGGGUUGGACUUGUCUUUUUGGCCAUCGUUUUUUCCAUUUUGAAGAUUUGUGCUUCCCCGUUUACACUGUGAGCCCGUUAUCGGGCAGGGAUUGUCUCUAUCUGUUGCCGAAUUGUACAUUCCAAGCGCUUAGUACAGUGCUCUGCACAUAGUAAGCGCUCAGUACUAUUGGAUGAAUGAAUGAAUGGAAAAGAGACAGGAAGCGAUGACAUGGCUGCAGGAUUGCCUUCUGGUGACUGAACAGUGGAUUUCUCCAACUUGGCAUCUAACUCGAUCAGAUGCUGCCUUAAACCUAUGUGCCGAGUACCUGUCGGGCUUUUAAUAAUAAAAAUGAUGAUAACGGUA